CUCAGCACAAACCUUUGUUUUGCGCCAUUAGAUUCAAGCUUCUCCUCUGAAAAUGGCUUCCUUAAUCCCAGAAACAACCCAGAAAAUCUUGACCCAUGAAGCCCCUGGUUCAGCAGCCAAGCAAUCCACAGGCUGCCUCGUCGUCCCGGUUCGCCUUCGUCGCGCCAUUAAGAAGUACGUCCGAGAGGAAGCGGACCCUUAUAUGAGGAGGAAGGUGCUGAGCUUAUCGCAAUCUUUUAGCGGGAUCAAGGACGUUCAUCUGCACCUCGCCUCAUCCACAUCCAAGGAGCUUGUUGAGGACCCUUUGAAGUCUUUGGAACGUUCAAAGAGGUGGAUAAUCAAGAGCUCUUGUGGAGAUAUUGGUUUUAAGUAAAGUGAUGACCAGACAGUGGCUUAUGUUGCUUCACGAAUGCCUGCAGUUAACUCUGCUUGUUAUUGGGUUCUUAGUGAGGUAUCAUAGUUUGUGAAGUGCUGUGCAUAAUGGGACUUUGUUUAAAAACUAAAAAUACUCAGGUCAAUAAUCGCCAAAGAUCAGUUAUUUCUGGGUUUAUUUUAUGGAAAUCGGAUUCCUUCAGCUCCUUCACUUAUUGGCCAUAGUUAUCAAAAUUUAUGGCUUGGUUGGUUAUUACCCUGUUUUCAGGUUUAAACAUUUUGGGUUGCCACAACUGAAGAUAAAAUGUCAAUUGGAUUUAUGUAGGGUACUAGGUUAGGCAAUGAUUCUAGUUCUCUAGGUAGAGAUGAUAAGAAAUUUGGGAUAUAAUAACUUUAUAAAGUGUCUCCAGAAUAGAAGCUUCUUGUCAGC